CUCCCCGGUUGGAGUAAUAGCCCUUUCAUACCUUCGUUUAUCGGUCACGGAUUGUUGUCUAUCUAAGAGAAUAUAGGGUGGAUAAAAUCAGAAUCCUCCUGGGGCUUGGUUCGACAAUGCAAUUUUUACCUCAAAAAUCGUCCUACAGUUGUAGUGUUAGGCCUGCACUCUGCGUGUCCGGUUUCCGGUCUGGAUAACCCAUUGCGAGGUCUCGCGGAUAUAGCUGAGGUUUUCGCUCAGAGCAGUCUAUCAGGAUGAGCUCUCCUACAGUUGCCUCCCAGAAAGCGGAUGCCGGGUCUGCAACGGCGACGUCCGCCCAGCCUUUGUCAGGGACGAUAGGGGCAGCUGGAGACCGAGACGAACUGUUCAGCAUAUCACCCAACACCGCGCUUUCGAUGUUCUGCGCGCAUAUCGGCGACAUUGUGCGGUUGACUGGCGAUGUUCCUCCGACUCCUUUAAUGAAGGCUGCUUUUCACUCAAAGGCUGCAGACCCGGAAGACACCGAAGGUACGCCAUUAAAAGUCACCGAGCUGCACUGCAGUCAGACAAGAGAUCCUACAGUCGAAGGUGCUUUAUUGGAGACAAUCCAGCAGAGUGCGCUAGCCAAGAAAUUCUUUUCCAAAAAAGCACCACCGAUCUCAUUGGAAGAGUACGUAUCGCGCCUGCAGCGAUAUUGUCCAAUGUCGACGGCGGUGUAUCUUGCGGCCAGUCUAUACAUCACCAGGCUCGCAACUGUCGAGAAAAUAAUUUCUCUGACUCCGCGUAAUGUGCACCGGCUGGCGUUGGCUAGUCUACGCGUCGCGAUGAAGGCUCUUGAAGACUUGAGCUAUCCCCACAGCCGCUUUGCGAAAGUCGGCGGAGUCAGCGAACGGGAGCUUUCCCGUCUGGAAAUCAGUUUCUGCUUUCUAGCGGACUUUGAGCUGAAAGUUGACCCUCACAUGCUAAUGAACGAAGUAAGAUCCAUGCAGAAGGGCGGGGUUUUACUAGGAAGCGUACCUGGUAAGAGCACGGGGCCAUCAGACCACAACAGAGACGAACCGUCAGUGCCAGCGGUGACUGCUCCGUCUUGAGUUGAUGCUCGUUACAGAGCCAAUUCAAUAGUUUUGAUUUGGAAACUGUUUUUGGAUUGAUUGGCAAUGGGCAUGGUCAUGACUUUGUACAGUACUCGUAACAGAUGAUCCGUGAUCAUCUCUGCUGAACAGAUUUCCAGCUUCGAUUAUACAGAUGCGGCCUCGCUCCUCGAAGCUCGUUACAAUUUCGUCAUAUUAUUCACCAUACAUAAUUAUUUUGUUAUCAGUUCGGUUCAUUUCUGCCUAGCCACGUUUCUCCAAAUCUCGGGGUUUUUUGGGGCCUCAACCGGAGUGUAGAUGGUCGACUACAGGAUAUCCCUUAAAGUCCUAGCAUGCUUAAAACAAUAUUCGAUAGUAAUGUGUUAAAACAAA